AUGAGUCAAGUUGAAAAACCAUUAAAAUUUUUAUUUAUUAAUUUUGAAUUACCACAAUCUAAAAGAGUACAAUUUGAAAAGAUUAUACAAACACAAACACCACAAUCAUCUACACAUUUAUCACAAACAACAAAUGAACAAUAA